AUGGCUGAAUCCGCUUCAGCAGCAAACCAGCCUUGCCAUACCCGCUCCAUCAGCUUGCCCUCGAGAUCUCACCCUGCUGCACUCAGGGUAGAAGAAGAGCUGCACAAGUUAACAUCUUCUAUGGCUUCACCCUCUUCGACGCCGGAGAAGAUGUGUGACGGGUUGAGGAGGCUCGAAGGCGUGUACGAGUCCGUCAACCGGCAGAUCCUCAUCCAUCCACCGCAAAGGAGAUGGGCGGAAGGAGAAACGGAUGGGUGUAUCAGAUUGUUGGACGUGUGCAGCGCAGUGAAGGAUCGCUUGACUGCCAUGAGAGAGCACAUCCGAGAUCUUCAGCUGGCUCUUAGAAAGAAGGACGAGGCAGCGAUCGUGCGGGAGGAACGCGGAGCAGGAGUUGUGGAAUUGCUUCAGGUCAGGUCAUUGAAGCGCACGGAGGACAAACGGAUGGAUGAACAUGACCACCUGCCGACGGCGAUUAGGGUCUUGAUGGAAGCGAAGGUGAUCACCAUUGCUCUCCUCCGGCUGGUGUCGUCUUUCUUGUCGAUGCAGACAAGGCGGCCAAGGUCAAGCAGGUGGUCGUUUGUCUCCAAGGCGUUGACCAAGAGGAAGGAAGUCUAG